GCUCUUGCACAUACCACGCACUUCGGCUCGCAGGGGCUGAUUUCAAAAUUAAAAAAGUGUCAUCACUGCAAGCGUCGUCAUUAAUCGAGAAGGUCCAGCGUUUCAUAAGACGUGUCGUGCAGUCAUAGAGUAGAGUAAAAAUGAAGGCAGCUUUAAUGUUUCUGGCUAUGGUGGCCAUGGCAUUGGCCAAUCCGGUGGAAAAGGUAGAGAAGGUCGAGAUUCACCAGCAGCAGUCGGUGACCAUGACCGACAGGGCUAAGUAUGAAGAAGAGCUUCUCCGUAAGUUGAACGCCAAGUGCUCUCAGAACGAAGUGAGCAGCUGCGUGAUGCUGAAGUUGGUUACCUACAUGAACAAGCUAUUGAAAAAGGCCUCUAUCGAAUUGACUGACGAUAUUGAAAUUCGAAAGACGAGCCAGGUAACGGAGGAGGCUAUGUUUACCGCUGCCAGAAGCAACGAUGAAGAUUCGGAAGUCUUGGAUCUCAUAACAAAUAAAAUUUACUCGUUUGUCAAGUCGAGGAGUAUCAAAUGGCGAAUACUUCCAGAAGAUGACGUGGUUGUUUCCGCUUCCGAGGAUGAAACAGGUUCAUUGAAUCUUGGAUUAUCCAUCGAACACUCCGACAAAGCUGUCCAAGAUGGUCGUGGGAAAAAAAACAACAUGGGGCCUCUACUCGCUGCCGCAGCCCUCAAGAUCGGUUUGAUUGGUGGUCUGGCUUUUAAGGGUCUCGCCCUGCUCGUUGGCAAGGCCUUACUUCUGUCAAAGAUCGCCCUGCUUCUUGCCAGUAUAAUCGGGUUGAAGAAACUCUUCUCCCAGCAGAAGCACGUUACCUAUGAGGUAGUCGCACAUCCGCACCACUCCUCGAGCCACUCCUACAGUUCUGACCAUGGCCAUGGGGAUAGCUACUCUAGCGGAUGGGGCAGGAACCUGGAUGUCUCCCCUGUGGCCAUUUCUUCGAAAGGAGUGAGCGACGCUCAAGACUUGGCUUACAGCGCCCACAAAAAUUAAGAAAAUCGUCUAUAACCUCCACUUACCGCAGAAGUGUUACAGUGGGUCUGUGGCAAAUUUCAAGAGCUCAUACCAACAAGAAUGUUCACAAGCUAAUGCCUGGAUGAGUCCUUGCAUAAUAUUAACUGCAAAAAUUGAAAUCCCAUACUGAUAGAGAUUUUGACUAGACUAUUCGUGAUUGAUAAUUGGCCACGUUUACUUAUAAGAAUUAUGAAUUGGGAUCGCUUCAAAUGGUUUCAAACCACUACGACUCGCAUCAUUGACGAUUUAUUUGUACCAUUCUUACGACUGUUUUAACCAUACCUUCAUUUUCCAAUAGUUGAUGCAUCAUCUUGAUGUACCUAAUUUCACCCCAGCUAAAUGAAACUCGUAACGUUUAAAUCACACAACGUUUCUAAGAAUCCGGCUCUUCUACUCUUUUCAUGUUUCAUCCAUCCAUAUAGCAGGGGUUUUCAUUUGCUAUUUUAGUUGCAUCCAACGCAACUUCCUGAGCUAGUAUAACGUGUUUGAGAUUCUUGAUUCUGUGGUAAAAUCAGUUCAUAAUUGUCUUAUGUUAUAGUUUUAUUUAUAUUAUUUAUUGAUUUUAUUAUAUUUAUUGACUAGAGUCACGUCAUCAGUACGUGAGAUUUGAUAUGACUAUCGAAAGACAAAAUUAACGGAAUUAUUUGACCCUGACAGACUGAUAGACAAGGCACCUUGGUCAUUCAAGAUUACCACCCACACACGACAAACAAUAUGACAAGCUAGAAACUACCAGGUGAAAUUGAGAAGUACAGGUUGAGAACCUAAAACAAGCAACGCGUUUACCGCAGACUACACAUGGCGACGGCUGUCUAUUACUUCGUUGCUGGUGAAUAUUAGACUUCUGGUGAAUACUGUGAUAACUACUUAAACUUGAUACUGUGACGUCGACCGAAAGGGAUAUAGCUACAUGCUGUUAAAUUGGGUAAGCACGGGUACCAAUUGAACCAGACAAAACUGACGGACCUACGAUAAGACGAACGGGACAUUAAACAUAUUUAUGUAGGAUCUCCGUACAAUAGGAUGCAGCACAACGAAAAAUUGUUGAGUUCUAACGAUACCAGCGCAAGACCCACAUUCAUGCUGUUAUUAUCUAAUUUAUUUUCAUUCUACAUGUCAUAUAAAUGAAUCCUAACUAUGUAAGAUUAUUGUUAUAUUAUGAAUAAAUAUUUUUUUUCAAG